ACUAAGUAAAUAAAAUUUAUUUUUCAAAAGUAGAUAGUAGUAGUCUAAUGUAUGAUACAGAUUAACUAGAUAAUACAAAAAUAUCUAAUUUUUCAGCCCGGGCGGCGGCGCGGCUGUAGGCAUCGGGCAGCCGAGGCUGAGGCAGGGCUGCGCGAGGAGUAGCCCGACUGCCCGAGUCAGCCCGAGCCCCGGCCGCACCCCCCACUCUCACAACUUCAACCCCACCCUGCGCUCUGCGAGCCGCACACAUUUAUCACUAUGUAUUUACAAUAUGCUCUUCAUAAUCACUUUUAAAUUAGAGAAAGUCUAGUACUUAUUAACGCUUAAGGUCUUUCUUUCAAUUAAUAAUAUUAAAUUUUUAUAAACUACCUAACUUUAAUGCUAAUACGAUUUUAUGAAUGACGCUUUCGUAAGCGGUAGGGACGCAAUACGAGAAGUGUUUUAGUAGGUACGUUAAUUAUUACGAAGCGCAAAGGCGACAUAAUCAGCUACACAACCGGCCGUUGUCGUUUUAACGAAUACACACACAUAGGUAAUACUUAAUGUAGACAAGUGAAGGACUGCGGACGCACGGUAUCGGCAAGGUACUCACGCUGCUCCUGAACUUGAAGAACAGCGACAUGGAGGCGGAGCGUCGCGCUGCGGCCGGGUCGCGCCGACACUGCCGCGCGCCGCCGCGACGCUGCCCCGCGGCGCUAUAUGUAUACAGGUCGCCUCCUACAUCUACGUACACGUGAACACUUCACGCCAAACAGUAGCUAUCACUCUCCUCCAAUACUCAACACUUGUAAUGCAGAAUCACCUAGCAAUGCGCAGUGCUUUCUUUUGAGAGGGGAAAUUACCUAAUGAACUCUACCACCCAGAGUGGGGAGAGAGGUACAGUCAGACUCUUACUGACUAAAAACCAUUCUGUUUCUACUCCGAGCUGGGGCCGCGGGGCGCGGGUUAUCAUUGCCCUUGCACCCCGGACACGGCGUGGUCAUCCAGUGCAUAGGUACAUAUGUAGGUAUGUUAUCAUACAAAGAUACGCAAUAAAGCGAGUGCUCUACUGAUUCCACGUAAGAGACCCUGCAAGAGGGCAUCGGGUAGGGGAGAACUGUUCGAAACACGCGAAAAUUAUUUAAGCUUACUGUUUCUUAUUUUUUUCACAAAAAAUUUGAAGCAGUAACAGGCGUGUAAAACCAUUAGCCCUAAAUUCAAUCGAGUGGAACCCGCAACACGCUGCUCAGCAGCAUUAUCAUGUACAACCCGUUUAUAGUAGUAACUCGUACAGAGGAUAUAUUUUUAAGAGUGAUCGCCCUAUCCACCGUAUUCAUACAUCCGAGGUUCAAGCGCGUGUGCAGUGCGCAGGCGCGAGCGUAUCGACCGGCCGCCCGACGGCGCUUCAUGUGACUUCACUUUAACUUCCGCGGCCGGCGCCCGCUGAGACAACAUUUGCCGAUUACUGCAGCGGACACGUAGCGAGGUGUCACCGCUGGCUUGGGACAGCCACAAUCCACAUAGAUGGACGACGGGGACACGGUCACCCGUACACUCGAUCGAAGAAUCCGUAAAGUGAAGGUCCGCGAGUGUGAGUGAGGUGAGCGUGCAGGAUGCGGCUGCGACUGUGGUCGUGGUGGGCGGCGCUGGUGCUGGGCGCGGUGCGGGCGCGCGAGCUGGACCCGGCCGCCUGCGCCUCGCGCUUCGACGUGCAGCGCGACAAGAUCAUUCGCACGGAGGAGUCGCGCGACAUGGGCGCGCGCUACCUUUCCGAGCUGGAUGUGGGCGCGCGCUCCGAGUGUCUGCGGCUCUGCUGCGAGACUGACGCUUGCGACGUUUUCGUCUAUGAGGAAAAGGGCCCCGGCAGCUGUUACCUGUUCAACUGUGGCCCUCCGGAGGACUUCCGCUGCAAGUUCACGGCGCACAGCAACUUCAGCAGCGGCGUGCUGGCCAUCAGCCGGCGGCUGGCCGAGCUGCAGGACCAGGAGCGCCUCGCGCACCACGAACAGGAGCUCGCCAACCUCAGUGACAAUGAGGUGUGAUGUGCGCGGUGCGCCUCCAGAAGCGGUGGCAGCAGCAGCACGGCUCGCACGACGGCGGGCAGCACGGCGCCCCCGCCCGCGCCCCCCCGCGCCCGCGCCCCCGCCGCCUCGCCCUGCGCCCCCUGCGCCGCGCCCUACGCCGCCACAUGAAGCCGAGUCUCCGUCCAGUGUCAUACCGUCGCGGUGCAGCCGGUACCAGUUCGCGUGCCGGCGCGGCGGCGAGUGCAUCGCGGUGUACAACGCGUGCGACGGCGUGGCGCAGUGCGCGGACGGCUCGGACGAGGCGCCCGAGCUCGGCUGCCCGCCGUCCGCGCCCCGCACUCCUCCUUCAACCACACACAAGCCGCUGCACCAGGAACGGCUGGCAGCUGAAGCGGCACUGGCGGGCGAGAACGUGCCGGGCGGGGAGGGCCCGCCGCCUGCAGAGGGCGCGGCGGGCGGGGAGGGCGGCGCGCUGCCGGAGCGCUGGCCGCACCGCCUGGCGCAGGCGCAGCCGCCGCGUCGCUACAGCGAGACAGGGGCCAGCUCGCACAUCUUCAGCCACAAGGGCGGCCUGCUGCAGGAGCCGGAGGGCGGCGCGCAGUUCCCGGCCUUCGAGCCGCCCUGGCCGCGCCGCGCCUGGCCGCCUGCACCGCCGCAGCCCAACGGCGCGGAGGGCGCGUGGGGCGGCGCGUACUGGCCCGAGCCCGACCCGCGCCGCGCCUGGCCUGUGCCGCGCGCUGACCAGGAGAUCCCGGUGUACAUUCCUCCGAAGACGAUGCCUGAGAUUCCAGUGGUGUACUCGAGCCAGCAACAGACGCUGCGAGACAGCCCCAAGAAAGGUUUCGAGCUGCUGAGCAAAGAGAGCACGGAGCCACCGCCGGCGCCUCGACCCCCGCCACCACCCGCGCCUAAGCCGGCGCAGACGAGCAAGCCCGCCGAGAGCGCAGACAAGAAACAGUCGUCAGCGGCGGCGCACGUGCACUACCCGGCCGACGAGCGCGGCGACCACGACGACCACGACGGGCUCAGCGAGCAUCCCCCCGCCGCCAUGAUGCUGCUCGUACUAGGUCUGUUCAUGCUGACGGCGAUCCUGGGCAUGCUGACGUGCCGCGCGCGCGCCGCCAUGCGCCGGCGCCGCGGCCGCGGGAAGUCUCCGUUCGCGCACGACGCGGACUACCUCGUCAACGGCAUGUACUUGUAGCGGCGGGCCGCGCUCACCCUAUAUCAAAAUGUUAA